AUGGACUUGGCUCAUCACUGUGACCGCGCCUGGAUCCUGGUCCUGGUCCUGGUCCUGGCUCCGGCUCUUCCCGCUGUGAGACCUGGAUUAGAGCUUUUCAGUGAAGUGGUGUUUGAAGAGGAUCGCUUCAUGUGGAGCCAGAACAUUCUGCUGCAUCGGCCUCAGACACAGACAGCUUCGGCUUCAGGGGAUUCAGUCAGACACAGUUCGCUGAAACAAGACCGAAGGGUUUGUGACGAGUUCUGUUACACUGUCAGGUCAGGGUUCCACUGGCGUCUCCAUGACGACACCUCUGCUUUAACCAUUGAACUUUGUGUGGAGCAUUCCAUCAGAAAUGAUCAGUGUGCAAUCACGUAUUGUGCACUACGUGAUUGCACACAAGUCCUGUCCCCCUGA